GCUUGACGCAAGCGCAGAGCUGAUUUAACCUGCAGCAUCAGUGGGGCACCGUCUGAAGCGACUGACACAAAAGAAGCGACACAACGGAGAAGAGGAACCACACAAACCUUUAUUUUCUCACCGGAAACAAGAAAAGAUUGAAACAUGAUUGAGAAGUCAAACAGCCAAUACGACUCCUUCCUCUUCUGGAGGCAGCCAAUCCCGGCGCUUGACCUGUCGGAGCUGGAGGACCUGGGUUUGACCGACUGCCAGCCAGCCAAUAGCAUCAAAGGAAAAGACAAGUCGUCCUCACUGAGGAGUCAGAAUGAGGAGGAGGAGAUGACUGAGUUUUCGUCCUUCAAUUACUGGAGAGCUCCAAUUGCUGAUGUGGAUGCUCUGCUGGCCGACCUCAACCUGCUGCUCUGAAACACAACGCUCUGUCAUCUGACCUCUAACCCCAGAUCAGCCUCACAUCACCUGACCUCUGGUCAGCCCAUCAUCACCUGACCUCUGACCCCAGAUCAGCCUCACAUCACCUGACCCCAGAUCAGCCCAUCAUCACCUGACCUCUGACCCCAGAUCAGCCUCACAUUACCUGACCCCAGAUCAGCCCGACAUCACCUGACCUCUGACCCCCGAUCAGUCCAUCAUCAUCACCUGACCUCUGACCCCAUAUCAGCCUCAUAUCACCUGACCUCUGAAAAAAAUGUUUCAGGAAGUCACCAAAAUAAGAGCGCGUUUUUCACAGUAAAACAAAGCAGACAGAGGUCUGCAGAGACUGAUCCUGGUUCAGAUUGAAGUCCCAUGGAUUCACUCUCUGGUCCUGAAUCAUCUAAACAUAUUUUUAUUUCACAUUAAGCAGUCAGCUUAGAUGUGUUUGUAGGAGUCUGUAUAGCCAUGUGAGUCUGUAGCUUCGUCCAUCUCUCUUUGGGUGUCCUGUUUUUGCUGAGUCCUAAUUAAAACCCGUAUCAUGAAGCAGAUAAUCAACAGAAACUUAGUUGACUGAGAUGAAAGUUCCACCAAAACUUUGAAGUGAGCAGAAGUCACAUUUAGUAAAAAAACACAAUUAAAUGGAAUAGGUUUUUGUUUAAGACAAUAAAAGUGUGUGUAAAUUAUUAUAAACAUUAUGAUAAAAUGUUUUGUUAAGUUUUCCAGGUUUCAAACAAACUAAGUGUUUCGCGUUUUUUAUGGUCGUUCAGACCAAAGAUUUACAACAAGCCAAUUUAUAUUAUUUAUAUUAUUGUGGCAUAUUGAUUAUGAAUACAGUCCAUCUGAUGCUGGUUUUGUUUCAUCACGACCGCAAAUACAGCUGUAGCCAGUAUCUCACUAACACUAUCCCCAUUCAUAUUUUAAGAAGCUACAAAUUAUAGUCUGCCACAAAUAAGCCUGAAAAGCUGGAAAUCAGAACAGAAGUACAGAGAGUUGUUGCAUAGAGAUCAUACACCAUCUCAUCUAGUUGCAUCGGUAAGAACCAGCUGGUUUUUACAACGCUGCAGAACGACACAUUGCAAGAAGUUGCCUGUUUCAACUCGUGUCGUCGCAAAUCUUUGGUCUGAACUUGGCUUUAGAAAUGUAGAAGCCCUUUCUCUCAGGUGUAGUCUGAAACAUACAGUGACAGUGACAGUGAAUGCAGCAUCAGCAGUAACUAAACUUCACACAUAAAAUAAUUGGUUAUAGACAGUGAACUUAGUGAAUCUGAAAUAAUGCUCAGCGUCUCCUUGCAUUAAACCAGCUUCAUGAAAGCAGAAUACCCAGGUCAGACAAGACAGCAGGCGAACUCACUGCAAUACAGAUCCCAGAUCAGCCGUCCCUUCAUGUCACCUGAUCUCAGACUGCGUUCACACUGAAAUAAGAAACCAGAUUCUGAUCAGAUUUGAACCAACAACAGUUUGAAAAUGAGAUUAACCCUUUCUGAGGUGGAUGAAAUAUUAGAAACACUAUAUUGAUUCAUUUUUGAUCAAAUUAUUUAAAUAUUGAUUGAUAAAAUGGUUUCAAGUCAUUUAUUUAUAUAUUUAAGAGGUUAUGUGUUCAACCCUCUGAGACUUAAGUUUUCAUGUGUUUCCAUUUGUGCCUUUUUAUUUCUUUUAUCCUGAGCUGCUUUAUUAAAGGUCACCAUCACUGUUUGGCCUGAUUAUUUAUUUGUUAUGUAUGUAUUUAUUUCUCAUGUUGAUUUACUGAGCGGGCCUCGCACUGGAUCUACAGUUCAUCUUGUCAGAAUGUAAAAGCUGCCAACAAUAAAAGAAAAAUAUCC